AUGACUAGUAUUCAAGGAAGCGCGGAUGACUUGAAUCCUACUUGGUUCCAGCAUUCUAAAAGGAGGACAAUUCCAAACCACUUAGUACCAAAAAAGAAAGCAGGGUUUCAAAUAGCAUCAUCUACAUCGUCAAAAGGAACAAAGAAGAACACUUUAGCACCUUCGUCUUCUUCCAACCAAUUCAACUUACUUUCUUUUGGAAGCCAGCAACGGAAAAGUUUGAGUCAGGGUGGUACUUUUGAUUCAAAUAGCACUGUAUUUUAUGAUUCAACGUCCGGUGACAUAAGCAAGUAUGAUGAUACAAUUAACGAAACAAUACAUGAGGACUACCCGGAAUAUCCUACCAACGAUGAUGUUCCUCCAUCAAGGUCUAUAUACGAUUUGAAUGAUGAGGUAUUAAUUUCUUUGAAUAAGCCUGCUCAUCAUGCGGAUUCGUUCAUCAACAAAGACCCUAAGAAUUUCAAUAAUGUUUUUAGCAAACAUGACCUGGAAAUUGAUGAAGGGAAACCAAAAGAGAAAAGCGCAUCUUUAAACCCAUUGUCUCAUAGCGAGUCAGCCAUCUUGGUUUUUGGAUACCCUGAAUCAAUGUCAUUACAAGUCAUUCAGCACUUUAUGGAAUUCGGAAACGUUUUAGAGAAUUUUGAAAUUAACAAUUCCAAGAAACCUACUCUAGCUUCACAUACGUCGCAAAAGAAGAUAGUCCCUAUCUUCAGUGGUAGAAGUUGGAUCAAGAUUACUUUUGAUAACCCUGCAUCUUCAGUUGAUGCGUUGCAAGAAAAUGGAUCUGUAUUUAACGGUGUAUUGUUAGGAGUGGUCCCCUACACUAAGGACGCAGUUGAAAAGUUGGAAAAGAGAAAAUUGAGUGAUGAGGAAGAUAUUGGGUCAGGAAUCGAUCUGCCAGUACCUGCUAAUCGAACAAGAAUUGAAAAUGAAAACGAAGUCGCUGAUCUGUCUUCGUCUUACAUGACUAGACUAGAUAUAAAGGAUGGUGCAGGUCUUUUCUUGAAAUCAGAAGGUAAUUCAAAUGAUCCUUCCAAAUCCUCUAACAAUAAAAAUGAAAAACUUGGGAUACUUCUGAAACUCACGAAGAUCAUAUUUGGGUUUCAUGAAUUAUAG